CACUUGCCGUCGUGGAGCCCCCUGUCGGCGUGGCGGUGCGCGCUGCCGUCCCAUGGUGCUGGCGUUCCUCCUGCCCCGGCUCUGCCGCCUGCAGCCCCGCCUCGCCAUGAGCACCGGCACCGGCACCUUCUCUCUGCAGCAGCCCCUCAACUACCGGGCGGGCGGCCGCGUGGAACCCGUUGACGGCCGGCAGACCGAGGAUGUGUACGAGCCGGCCACGGGUCGAGUGAUAACCAAGCUGCUGUGCUCCGGGGAGAAGGAGGUGGACCUGGCCGUGCAGAGCGCCAAGAGUGCCUUCCAGACAUGGAGCCGCAUGUCGGGCAUGGAGCGCUGCCGCGUGCUGCUGGAGGCUGCCAGACUCAUCCGGGAAAGGAGAGAUGAAAUUGCCACCUUGGAAACCAUCAACAAUGGGAAAUCCAUCUUUGAAGCCAGAGUGGAUAUUGACAUAUCCUGGCAGUGCCUGGAGUAUUACGCAGGGCUGGCAGGAUCUCUGGCCGGUGAACACAUCCAGCUUCCUGGGGGAUCCUUUGGGUACACUCGCAGGGAGCCCCUGGGUGUGUGUGUAGGGAUUGGAGCCUGGAAUUACCCCUUCCAGAUUGCCUGCUGGAAGUCUGCCCCAGCCCUGGCAUGCGGCAACGCUAUGGUCUUCAAGCCCUCUCCUUUUACCCCCAUUUCUGUGGUGAAGUUGGCAGAGAUCUUCACAGAGGCUGGUGCUCCUAAGGGGCUCUUCAAUGUGGUGCAGGGUGGAGUGGCCACAGGACAGUUCCUCUGCCACCACCCAGAUGUGGCCAAAAUCUCUUUCACUGGCAGCGUGCCCACUGGUGUCAAGAUCAUGGAGAUGGCAGCUAAAGGGAUCAAACCAGUGACCUUGGAGCUGGGGGGCAAAUCCCCCCUUAUCAUCUUUUCAGACUGCUCCCUGGAGAAUGCCGUGAAUGGAGCCCUCAUGGCCAACUUCCUCACACAGGGAGAGGUGUGCUGCAAUGGCACGCGGGUGUUUGUGGAGAGGAAAAUACUGGACACCUUCACAAAGGAGGUGGUGAAACGCACCCAGAAAAUCAAAGUUGGAGACCCACUUCAGGAAGACACACGGAUGGGAGCCCUCAUCAACCGGCCCCACCUGGAACGUGUCCAGCGCUUUAUAAAGCAGGCAAAGGAGCAGGGUGCUCAGGUGUUGUGCGGGGGAGACCUGUAUGUACCAGAUGACCCGAAGCUGAAGAAUGGCUUCUACAUGCAACCAUGCGUGUUAGGGAACUGCAGAGACGACAUGACGUGUGUGCAGGAAGAGAUCUUUGGGCCUGUCAUGUCCAUUCUGCCAUUUGAUACAGAGGAGGAGGUCGUGGAGAGAGCCAACAACACCAAAUUUGGCCUGGCAGGCGGUGUCUUCACCAGGGAUAUCCAGAAGGCUCACAGGGUCGUGGCUGCUCUCAAGGCUGGGAUGUGCUUCAUUAACAACUACAACAUCAGCCCUGUGGAGCUGCCUUUCGGGGGAUACAAGUCAUCAGGAUUUGGCAGAGAGAAUGGGCGGGCAGCCAUCGAGUAUUACUCGCAGCUGAAGACUGUCUGCGUGGAGAUGGGUGACGUGGAAUCCGUGUUUUAGUGGCUCUGAGGCCAUCUGAGGAGAAAUGUGGAUCAUUUACACAGCAGUAAAGUGCCCUAAAAUUGUAAGUGCCUGGGAGUGGGGCAGAAUGAGAGCAGCUCUUAGCCAUCCUGCUUCUGCAAGGGCAGUGUACACACACAGCUCGGUCUGUGGGCCUCCUCUGUGCUCUCUAGUGGAAGAUGGGGACUUCAGACCAGGAGACAGUGACCUGGCUUUCAGCAGCAGCACCUGCAGCUACCAGAGGCUUGGUAGUGGCAGAGGCCCAGCCCAGGCUGCUUCACCCAGUGCACCUUGAAUGCUGUUGUCCUUCACCCUUAGUUAAUUCCAGUUCUGGCUUCUUAGCAAGUGUGACCCUGCUCAGUACGCGUAAAAGCUCUCAGGCACGUUAACAUCCAGUAGCUCUUGGCUCUGUCUCUUCUCUGACUGUGUAAAAGCCGUCAGGUUAGGAUUUGUUUCUCUAGCACACUUGUGAACAUAAGUUCUGUGUCUUAUGUGUGCCUCACAACACUGUGGGGAUGGUGAGCUGAUGCUGCUUCAACAGGCACUGCUGCAGAUAGCCUCCACACACAGUGCACAGCGUAACAAGAACGAUAGUGAGCUCUAACAUGAGACAGAUUGCUGCCUGUCUUAAUCAAAAGCUGUUUGAUUUCCUUUCUCUGGGCCUUCCUUUAUAAACAUGGUAAUUCUGUGAUGACAAAAUAGCAAAUUUAAAUGUUUGCUCACAUCUUUUCUUUUGUAGCAAUCAAAUAAAUACUAACUCUGUUUGGAAAAUCUUA